GACGCUCUACGCUGUUCUCAUUAUCGAUUGUUGGGACUGGCUGAUACGGCGUUUACCUACCCAGCCUGCUUUGCUCCGUGUGUGCUUUGUGUAUUGUGAUUCCCGCGGAAUCGGUGUGGGAGUCACGAUCGAGUUAUGGGGGAGAGGAUGAAGCCGAAGAAACGGGACAGGGAGACAGACGAGGCUCAGAUUGAAACGCUAGAAGCAGACCACGAACUAUUUCUUCAAGCUUUUGAAAAACCGACACAGAUUUAUCGCUAUUUGCGAACAAGAAAUGUUGUUUUGCCUAUUUUUCUUCAAAGAAGUUUAUGGUACAUGAAACACAGACGAAGUGUUAGCAGUAAGAAAAGGAAAACAUUCAAAGUUGACACCCUUCUUACUCAGGUUGAAGUGAAGAGAAGGAAAGCUAGUCAGUCGUCAAGCUACAAAUCUGAAUUUUUGAAUCUUGAAUUUAAAGGAAUUAGUCACCCUGGAUUUCCUAACAACACUGAUACUGCGGAAGUUGAAGUUCUUCUUUUAAAAUUUUGCCAUAAGAAAAGAAAGGAUGUCUCGUCUCCAGUAACACACGUUAGUCUAGGAAAAGUGAAUAUCAGUGUCAACUCUGAUGUUCCCAGUCCUCAGCGAACAAUAACUGUUAAUCCAGACAUAUUUAGUCAGACAAAUGGUCACACCGUCCGAUCGUAUGUCCUGUUGUUCAAGGUUGCCUUUCCCUCAGGAUGUCUCAUACUUCACGGACUGUGUAAUGGUGAUAUACAUGAUCCAGAAGAGCCACCUCACAAACGAAGAAAGAAUGGUCGUACCUGGAUGACCGAUGGCGAAAAUGUACUCUACAGUGCUGAGCUGGUUAUGUAUGAUCGUCACAAACACUGUCAGUUGGUGGAAGGAGAGUAUGAAGUGGGCCUUGAAAACCUCAGGGACAAAUCCAAUUCCAAACGAAGAUCAUGGGAAACCAUGGGAGGUGGUAAAGAGGUUGGUCCUUUUGAUGUGUUUAACCAAUGUGCCAGUCUGAAAUUCAGUCUAUGCUGGACAGACACGAGCCUGGACACCAGCCCUCGUACUGCUAUCACUCUAGCAGAGGACGAAUUUAGGAACAAUAAUCAACUUGCCAAUCACAUUCUCGAUGUCACCAACAACAACUCAGGGAGUCCAAAGAAAGAAUCUCCGGCCAAGCUAAAAGACGUGAGCAGCCAACCGGUGAAGAAAAACCGAAUCUUUUACCAGUUUAUGUACAACAAAAACACUCGGCAGCAGACCGAGGCACGACAUGAUCUCAGGUGUCCAUGGUGCUCCAUUAACUGUAUGCAGCUGUUUAGUCUACUCAAACACCUCCGCCUUUACCAUGCUCGCUUUGAGUUUCUAUAUGUGCCUCAUCCAAAGGGUAUUGAAAUAGAUGUUUCAAUAAAUGAGCGUUACGAUGGUUCGUAUGUUGGUAACCCGCAAGAUCUCCACUCUCACAUUGGUUUUGCAUUCAGUCGAAAGGGUCCAGUCAGAAGAACGCCUGUCACACACAUUCUAGUUUACAGACCAAAGAGACCAGAGCCUAGUCUUGCCGAAUUCCUUGAGCCAGAAAAUGAGUCUAAAAUCAACAGACAAUUUGUACAAGGUCAUAACAGAUUGUAUUAUCGGACAGCAACAAGUAACCCAAUGCGACCUCAGGAAAUCGACUAUGACAGUGAUUCAGAAAAUGACCCACUGUGGCUUAGACAGAAAACUGUCAAUAUGAUCGAGGAGUUUACCGAUGUCAAUGAGGGAGAGAAAGAGCUCAUGAAGCUGUGGAAUCUUCACAUUAUGAAAAAGAACCUCAUCGGCGAUGUUCAGAUUCCUGUUGCUUGUUCAACAUUUGUGGAGUUGCACGGACGUGAAAUUAUUGAGAAGAACCUGUGCCGAAACUUUAUACUACACAUGGUGAACUUGUUUGACUUCUCACUGAUUCGACCAGAAGUCGUUCAGAGGACUAUAGGGCAGAUAGAAUGUCUUAAAGAGGAAAUGGGUGUGUACUGACCGGUGACUGGAGUCAAAUUGUUAUGGAUGCUGUAACCAGAGUACUUGACAUGAAUAAUUCAUGCAGAAAGUAAUGGAAACAAAACAGUCUGGCCUUGCGAAACAGAACAGUCUGGCCUUGUCCAUUGCAGUCCUUAAGUCCGUGACAAAUAAAAUGCCUUUACUGCAGUAAUCACAUGUUAGAAAUGGCAGCUGACAAGUAACAUGAUAUUUUUCCUUAGCAACUGUCAUCGUACUUUGCAAACAUUCAAGUAGUGGAUACUUUUAUUGAUUAGAUGUGUAAUUUUUUAAGACUGACAAUUUUAAAUGUAGGUUGUCAUCAACUCUUGUGUGACUAUCGAUAAAACAAAAGCGAAAUAAGAGCCAUUUGUUUGAUAAUGUUUCUAGGCUCUCUAAAGAUUUUCACGUGGUGUUCUAUCAUAUGAAGUUGGUGGAUUUUAAUUCAUAUAGAUAAAGACAGCAGAAUUUAUCCCCAUUUUUUUUUUGGGACACUUCUGUAUGAAACUAGAAUAGGGUGGGAUAUGAAUUUAGAAAACAAGCCAAAGUUUCACACUUGUAAAGGUUUUUUUCGUGUUUAAUCACACCAUUCCUGCAGUUGAAUUUUUGACAGUAUAUUUUAUUACAAUAUAAAGUUGUUGAUAACUGUUUACACUUUGUAUUGAUUGAUGCUUUGUGAAGUUUGGCAGGAUAUGCAAAAUAUGGUGUACAUUUGUAUGAGGCUGUUUGUUUUAACUUGUUUGACUGAAUUUUACCAUAGUUGCAUUUGGUUUGGAAUUUUAAUGUUUGUAAAAACAAUUUAAAUUAAAAUCGAAUAAUUUGUUUGAAAUACAGUGACUAUUGUACAUUGUUUUAAAUUCUUUGACAUCUUCUCUGUAUAACCAAACAGUGAAGCUUGUGGAAUAGAAUAAAUGCUAGAUUUUCAUCCAGUUUUUUUAAUGGAGGCGGUGGUGAAAUUUUAUUUUUUCAGGGCAUUGGAAAUACUGCACAUUAGUGUGUAUGUGUGUCUGGGGGGCGAGGGGAAUUACCAAUAAAGAAAAUAGGGGUGAGCCUUUAUCCUAGAGGGUGGGAGAGGAGGAAAAUCAAGGAUUUGUUAUAAUUGCCUUUUUCAUUACUUGGAAAGUCCUGUUGUUUUUUGUGAUUUUUAGUUUGGUAUUGUGUGUACUAAAUAACAGGCUAGGGAUUUUCGAAGCUAUCUUACUGCUACGAAAUCGUAAAACUUUUGUAGGCUAUGGUAUCACCACAGCACAUGCCAUAGUGACAUCAUAGCUUACAAUGGUUUUAUUAUUUCGUAGUGUUAAAACAACUUUGAAAAUGUGCGCGCAGGUCAUUAUCUUUGUUUCAGCUGUAGGUAUCACCUGUAUCAUAAACCCAGUUAAAUGUUUAAAGAAAGAAUUUAUUUUUAAGUAACCCAUGAAAGGAAUAUUUACACAUUCCCAAAACAUUAUUUUUAUCUAGUGGUUGCUACACUUUGCUUAGAGAAUGAUAGAAGGAAUUAGCUACCAAACCAAGUCAAAUCUCACAGACGACAGUAGUAGCUAAACUGUAACACUUCAGUCAACAAACACAUGGAUAUUGGUACAAUCCCUCAAUCUUAAAAGGAAAUUGUGGGAGAAUUGUGGGGUUUAACUGAUAAUUUUAGUAGGACCCGGCAUGUUUCAAGCGCAGUAGUAGCUUAUAUAUUGAAAUUAAAUUUCAGGAAUUUUCUCGUUAGAUGAAAGGACAUUUUAUAUCAAGUUCUGUCACAUAUAUCACCAGUGGCAGGCAUGGCCUAAUUUAAUGCAACAUUUAAGUUAAGUGCAUUACAAACUUUGACCAGGUAUGAUAUUUGGUAUACUGGUACCUAUAAGUACAUUCUUUUGAAAGGAUAGCCCAUAAUAGUAAUACAAUAUAUUCCACUGGGGGGAAUUGAGCAAGUGUUGAAUCAUACCUUAGGUACAAAUCACUGACUAAUAAAACGUGGAGAAAUGCAUGUGUUAACAUUUACACAAGAAAAUGUUGCAAGAUAAAUCAGUUUCCCCACAUUGUUGCCAUACUUGUGAUGGAUAUUUAUUAAAGUCUAAGAACACAUUUUUCAGUUUGCAUUUUUGUUUUUGUGGAUGGGGUGUUGAUUUACCUGGUAUGAGCAUGCUGGGUAAGUAUGUUAGAUUGGUAAUUUUUAACAGGAUGAUAAAAAUAAAUUCCCAGAUAAAUAAGAAUUUGAUUGCAUACCGAAGGUAGUAACCUAAAUGUGCUCUAGUUGUAUAUUAAAUAUUUUUUAAUUUAAUAUGUCCUGUGCUGAGGAACUUUCAAAUUGAAUACUUAACCGAUUCGUUUAGGACUCCAUUAGCAUCUACAAUGGUGCAAACAUUCCUCUUCUGUUUUUGUGUGUAUGUGUCGAGGAAUCUAUUACGGCAGGUUUUACUGCUAUUUCUGUUUCGUAGACUGGAAAAUCAUAAGUUACUUUCAUCAAAAGCAAUUAUUUUGUCAUGUUUGAUUAAUCAUCUGAAAUCAUAAAGUGAUUAUUUUUAUAUUUAAAAAAGGCAGCACAUCGUUGCCAUAUUUUAUGUUGUACAUGUUUAUUAUGACUAGUAAAAUAAUGCUCACAUUUCAGAAGGAUAUAAAUGCAUUAUAUCCAUUUGUCUACCUGAAAACACCUAGAGUAAACAUGCACCACUUUCUGUUAUGGAAGAAAUAAUAAACCUAUGGUGGAUAUUUAUAGACAUUCAAAUCGAGCACUUAAAAAAACUAUCAAUAUUAAAAUAUUUUCAUUAUGGGUUUUAAAAAAUAUGUCUGGGUAUACUCGCAGAUAAAUCUACAAAUAAUUUUUGUACAUCUUGUUUUAGCUUUUCUUUUUUUUUUAACCUAUAUAUUAAUUACAAUUAAUGAAUCCUUGUUUUGUGCCAUCUAAAAAUCACUGUGGCAGUGUGCAGUUCCAUGAGUCAUAUUGUUGAAUGUAUUCAUGUGUAGCACAAAAUUACAAUAGCAUUUUUGUGUUAAAUUGAAACGAGUCUUUUUCAGCAAAAAAUCAUUUAGUGUUUGCCUCCACUGUUCAUUCCACUAAAGCUCACUAAUUCAGGGUCUUCUAUAGAGCCAAAAUAAUUAAAUUGUCACAUGUUGGUAAUGACUGUUGGUUUUAAUAUUUACGGCGACACCACACAAUGCAAGUGUUUGAUACGAGAAUAUCUAAUUGCAUAGCAACUGAUCAAUCAUACUGUUUUUCUUGUCACAAUCUGCUAUUGUUGUACGAGACACUCGUACCCUCUGGCUUCAUCUUUAGUGUUCAUUCUUUCAUACUGAUUACAUACCUAUUACAUUCUAUUUCACUCUUUAGGUCAUUCAGGAGUGCUUUCUGAGUAUGACCAAGCAUUCAUGCUCAUCAUUCAUUUAAUUACAUGUUUGAGGGGAAUAUUUGUCUAAACAACUGAAUAAAAGAACUAAAUGUGAGUAGACCUUUUGCCACAACGUUAAAUCAGUAGUCAUUAUUUUGGUUGAAUUUACUUAACAACUGCUUCUAUUUCUGUCAUGAAAAUUAAGACUACAGUUAAUUUUGUUUGCAUUUCGUAAAACGGACUUGUUGAUGUUAAGUAGAAAUUAUUCAAUCAUAUAAUGGUAUAUGAAAUAUAACGGCUAUUUUACAUUAAAUGAUUGGUAUUGCAGUAAAAAUUGUGUAAUAAAAUAUUUGGUAAACCAG